GGAACAAAAAAAAAAAAAAAAAAAAAACUAUAAUAAGUUUCCUAUUAAAAAAAAAAAAAAGUCAGGGAAAAAAAUCUGGGAGUGAAGGAAUGCUAAGGACAGAGUAGUAUAGGGUGAAUAGCAGCACUAGGGAAGCCGGGGAUACUGCAGUGUAUAGGAGGAUUACCCUAUGUCUGGAUCUAUGUACAUACAGUUAUAUAUAUAUUUAUGUAUCUGUGCAUAGGCAGCAGCAGUCCAGCACGUCUGUUCUACUCCUCUGUCCUUCCUGUCUAUUCUCCAGUACAAACCCUCUCCCUCCACAAAUGGGUGCUGCAAUAUGUCAGGAUGGAGACUUGGAUUUCCGACUGAUUUUUGGUGAAGAAGAUUCUGAUUCAAUUACCCCCAGGAGUACCCUGCAUUCAACCGAUGUGGAAUCAGAAGAAACCUCCCUGAGCCACGAUGUUAUCUCUGACACUACAAUGUCUCUCAAUGCCCCCAAUAACUGUGUCAUCGGAGGUACAGGUGGUGGAAUGGGAUGUUUAACAAGGGCUGGCAUGCACUCUCCACCACCUAGACGAGCUUCUGAACAUGACAUAAACGGGACUUUUCUCAGUCAACCAUCCCGGUUUAUUCCUCUUGGUGGAUCACGCUUCUUAGAAUGUCCCAGUAUACGAAUCACAAGUGACUCCCCUGGAAAUAGUGAUGGUGAACCAGAAGAACAAGGAAGGAAUGACCUGUGGGAUGACAGGCCACAUCGUGAUCAGCUUUUUCUCCCACCAGACCCUUUUGGCUAUCGAGACUCUUUCUUAAGCCCUAGUCCAGCAAGCAGCCAUUCCUCUUGGAGUUUUCUGUCCUCCGAAGCAAGCUCAUGUGAUUCACUGGGGCAGAUGUGUGAAGAGGUGGAAAGAGAGCUUAAUGAGGCUACUUCUCGAUUUACUUUAGCUUCUCCUCUUGGCUCCCCGAGAGCGUCCCCAAAACCUUGGGGAUGCCACAGUGAUGAUUUUUGGCCUGCAAACUCUAUUUCAGGUCUUUCAUCCUCACCCCGUGAAGAGUUACUUUCACCAUACCCACAGGGGCAAGUAUCUCGACCUACCUCUCCCUGUGGAAAGAGGCGCUACUCAAAUUCAAAUGAGGAUAGUAACCAUCAAAUUAGUUCUCCUUCCCCAGCAACAUCUCGCAGAGGAAGCUUAGGAGAAGACAGCCUAACAUCAGAAAGAGAAGCUUCUCCCAAACCGUGUGAACAAAACCAACAACCAACACAAACCACAUCUGAGAGAGGAGACAAUAUUCCACAAAAGGCCCGCAGAACUUCUGCAGAACAAACUGUGGCACCUGUUAGGAAUGAGGAGCCCUCAAGUCCUGGGAAAGCAUUUCCUUCAUCAUCUUCUAGUGAAGAUACCUCUGGAAUAUUUACUCAAACGAGAAAGGAAAAUGUUGGAAUGGAUUAUCUCUCUGUGCCUUCGGCUCUAGCCUGGUCCAAAGCAAGGGUUGGCGGGCAAAGCCCAAUAUUCAGAUCCUCCUCACUGCCACCACUGGACUGGCCUCUGCCAUCUCAGUUUGAGGGCUUGGAGUUAAGAGUAGAGGUUCAGCCUCGAACACAUCACAGAGCUCAUUAUGAAACCGAAGGUAGUCGUGGGGCAGUGAAGGCUUCACCAGGCGGUCAUCCUGUUGUAAAGUUGCUAGGUUACAAUGAGAAGCCACUCACCCUGCAGAUGUUUAUUGGUACAGCAGAUGAACGUAACCUUCGACCACAUGCGUUUUACCAGGUUCAUAGGAUUACAGGAAAAAUGGUGGCCACACCGAGUUAUGAAGCCCUUGUAGGAAGCACGAAAGUGCUAGAGAUGUCUUUGCUGCCUGAGAACAAUAUGUGUGCCAAUAUAGACUGUGCGGGUAUCUUGAAGCUACGGAAUUCUGACAUUGAGCUCCGGAAGGGUGAGACAGAUAUUGGCCGGAAGAACACCCGUGUUCGACUUGUGUUCCGGGUACAUGUCCCACAGGGAGCUGGAAAAGGCAUUUCUUUGCAAGUGGCAUCAAUACCUAUAGAGUGCUCCCAGCGUUCAGCUCAGGAGCUCCCUCAGGUGGAGAAUUACAGUCUCAGUGCAUGCUCUGUCAAUGGAAGACAAGAGCUCCUGCUAUGUGGUGCCAACUUUCUUCCGGACUCUAAGGUGAUCUUCCUUGAAAAGGGUCCAGACGGUAAACUGCAGUGGGAAGAAGAAGCAAAAGUCAACAGACUGAAAAGCAAUGAGUCGAUGUUGUCUGUUCAAGUUCCUGAAUACUGUAAUAAGGAGAUAACGCGACCCCUGCAGGUUUAUUUCUAUAUUUCUAAUGGAAGGAGAAAGAGAAGCCCUAUGCAGAGUUUUCGAUAUCUGCCCAUCAUAUUUAAAGAGGAACCUGUCCCAGAGUCUGGCUUGCAAACAUAUCCUUCUGUCUCUCUUCCUCCUCCAUGCCAUAUUCCUUUAGAGGUGGGACAGAUGGAACUAGGCACUUCCUAUGUACCACCUUUACAAACUAACUUGUGUGACACUCCCAUGGAAGUGUCACCAUAUUACGCCACUCAACACCAAGAACGAGGAUACCCAGGUGGCCAUGAUUGCACUGUGGGCAGUAAUUCCUUCUUGGGGUGCUACUUUAAUCCUCCAGUACCUCCUGAGUUUAAAUGCCCUCCAUCUUAUUCUGAAAAUGGAAGUGAUGUCUCACUUUCUUUGCCCUUUUUAUCUAACACCAAUUCUCAACUUCCUCCCAGCCCAGUUCCCUGGUCCCCACAGCCAUGCUCAUCCCAAUCUACAAGUCCCUCACCUUUUAGUGGUCCUUUACUGCCCCAUUUAACAUCACCCAACAAGAUGGAGGAAAUAACAACAGGAUCUCAUCAACAUUAUCUAUCUUCUCCGAUGCUGUCCAGUUUAGAAUUUGAUCCUAGUACUAACCAUUUUCAGCCAGGUUAUCAACUUUUCCCAGCCUGUGCCCCUCCAUCAUACACUACAUUAAAUAAUGGAGACAGAUCAGAUCCAACACAACAUGAACACACAUCCUCAUCAGAUGUCAUCAGGUCAGAGUGUUCUUCCAACCAACAGUUUUCAACUAACUCUUUAAUAAACCAUGAAGCCCAUCCCAUGAACUCAAAAGCUGAAGAAGAAAUUAAAGCAGUUGGUCAUUCAAGAUUCCCUACAGCUAAUUCCACAUUACCUGUUUCUAAAGAAGAUGGAGUUUCCCAAACAUUUCCUACUUACCAAAGCCUUUCUUCUUGUAGUUCCGCUGCACUAACAUCUUUCUGUAAUUCCACACACCCUUCUGCCUUCUCCACACCCCCAUCUCCAGUCUCAAGUGUCACUAGUCAUAACUUAGAGCGGCCCUCAGAUGUCACCCAUGGUCUGUCACAAAACCAAAAUGAAGAGUCCUGUUACCAAUCCCCUGGUGGGGAAUACUGCAAGACUGCAGACAGUGAGAGAAGAGAUACAGUUAAAGAUGAUGGUCAACAGUUUGCAAGCCCAUUUCACCCUAUUCCAAUCCAGGGGAUCACACUAGAAGAAGUAAGUGAAUUUAUAGGUCAAGACCUGAGCAGAUUUCCCAACCCACAACCGAAAGAUUAAAUCUUGGUACAAGAACAAUUUAAAUAUUCCUGGUUGGCUCCAUGAAUGGACUGAUACAUGAACCACAUAUCAACAAUUGGCAGAUGUUUCCAGAACUUGCAGAUCUAGGUUUUCAUGUACCUCAAAAUGUUCAAAACAGUGCUCCUAACAAAGAGAGAAGAUUUAUGUGUGCAAACAGGUGGUUUAUGUAAACAUCACAACAUUCACAAAGCAGCAACCAAGGCAUGAAAUGUAUCUGCAGACAAAGAUCUCUCUGUCAUAUAGCCAUAUAGUGCCUACAAAGAUAUCACUCUCCAAUGCUUUUUAUACUUGUGUCUGGCUUUAAUGAUUCCAGGCAUUAAGCAACAUAUACUGAACAUGGCACAAUUCAUACUGUCAGAAGAAUAAGAUUCGGGAAAUUGGGUAACAAUAUUUUCAGAAUGCUUCUUUUAGAAAAACAAGUUCCUCUGUUUGAAAGUUAGGCUCUGCAAGUAUUUGGGACAUCAGCCACAUUCCAAGUACAUUAAGCUGGAGUUUACAGUGCAGUCCUGCUUUGUAUGAACCCUGUAGGGUCCUGUAUUUUUACAUUAGGUUUGGCCUAAAGGUAGAUCCCCACCUGAUGCUGCCAAAGGAUCAUGGGAGAUGUUGUGUUACAAUAUGCCCAUCUCUCCCUCACCCCUUUGUGGUGGAAGGCCUCAGGUACACCCUGUUACUGUCACUCACAGCAGUUUGUCACCAGUGUGCUAUUGUAUCCAGUGGAGCACUAAAUUAUGGAAUAUUGCAGACGUAACACUUCCCCCAUGAGAAGGGAUUUAUGUAUAUUUAUAUGUGUAUUUGUAUUAUUUUUAUAUAUGCGUACAAUUGUAUGUUUGUAUUUUGCAAUCAAACAAUCAAUUAAAAUAUUUUAAAA